UUCCGUGCGCGAGACUCUCGCAGCAACAGUUCAGUACGGUUCGGCACGCGAAACACAUCGGAUGUGAUCUUCUCGCUAUAUCUAUUUCGGGGGUGAAGUCUAGUUAAAGAAGUGCAACGUCCAGCGCUUUUCAAAGUGUCAUAUUUUGAGCAUAUUCAGAUAAAAAAGUUUGAAGAAGAAAGUGUGCAACAACUAUUGCAUUCCAUAAAUCAAAGGAAGCAAAAAAAACACAAUCCACUUGCGUCAGUGUUUCGCAUACCAAUCACAGACGAUCGAUCAUUCAAAGUUGAUCAUUUUAUUCCGACUUGGUUCGGAUUCACGUGCGCGUGUGUGUGUUUGAGGCCAAGUUAGAUGGGCCAUAGAAACAAAUCAAAUUGAAUACGGUACAUUCUGCCAGUGAGACGUGCUUCGCUAGAACAAACGCAAAAAAAACAUAUCGCAAACCAAAGAUCGAGGAUCGCAUAGAUCUCUCGUAGCAAACGCAAAGAAAAUGCAUCCAGCCAAGGGAAGAACUGCUGCCGGAGGUUUGACCUGCCUUUCCCUUCCAGAUAGACAAAAGCAACAGGAUAAAUUUGCUCUCGACAGUGGUACAGCCGAUUCUGGGUUUCUCUCCGGUCAGAAUCUGAGCUCGGAUAGCUUUACCAGUACACCGGACGCACAGGAAGAUUCGCUGCUGGGCAGACAUUUUCUGCUCACGGGAAUCCCACAGAAAGCGACCGCAAGCCUGCAACAGGAGGAAGAUUCACAAACCUUCGAUUCGGGGGUCGAUCUUGACUCGAGUCUUCAUCAGCAAAUCAGCGGUACGAUGCGUGUCGAUAAUAUGGAGGAGCUGUGCAAAAUCAUGCUCCAGCUGCAAGUGAACCAACGGGCGGAACCAGUUCAGGCGAAAGCGUGGGAAAAACUCUUUCAUCAAAACGAAGACGGUGAUACAUUUCUCCAUCUAGCGAUUAUCCACGAGGCCACCGAUGUUGUCAACAAGCUGAUUUCCGCUGCCCUUCGGUCCUGGCUGGACAUCCAGAAUGAUUUUGGACAAACACCGCUCCAUUUGGCGGUCCUAACGGGGCAGGCUAAAAUCGUUCGCGAACUGAUCGUGGCCGGUGCCGUAACGGAAACUCGUGACGCCGAAGGAAACACCGCCCUGCAUCUCGCCUGCCUACACGGGAAAACCGACUGCGCUCAGGCCUUGCUGACCCCACUGAGUGCCCUCGAGCUGCAGAAGUGCAAGAAUUCCGCGGCAGCGGCAAUUAAAAUUCCGCAAAACCUCGAGCAGUGGAACUUUGACGGCAAGCGAUGCAUCCAUCUGGCAGCUGAAAACUCCAAUUUAGAAAUCCUCCGCUAUCUAGUAAACGCCGGUGCGGACGUUAAUUCACGGGAAGGAAAAUCCGGCUACACCGUGCUGCAUUACGCGAUCGAGACUGGCAACGAACAGAUCGCGGCCUAUCUGCUCACCGAAUGUCCCCGCAUUGGACUGGAACAGAUCACCUACGGAGGCCUGACCGCGUACCAGUUGGCCACCCUGUUGAACCACAGCAGUAUUCAGCACAAGCUGAGGAGUCGAGGUGCGGAACCGCUGACGCCACCCGAGAGUGACUACGAAGAGAUGGAUAGCGAAUAAGUGCGAGAUGAUGUGCGCUGCGUUGUGCAAACAACUAGCUUCCAGAAAUAAAUUCAUCAUCCCGAUACGAUAUUCGUAAUCUCAUGGUGUAUAUGGGCGUGGUUAGAGAUCAUCAUCAUCAUCAUUGGACUGCUGGUGGUGACGACAGGGUAUAUGUAUGCGGUACGUUAUAGUACGGGAAUGUGGGCGCGAGAGUGCGUGUGUAAACUUGCUGUUGACUAGUUUCUAAGAGUCAGACUUUCCCAUCCUAUAGAAAAACAUGGAAAGUGAUGUUAGGUUAAUUUUAUUUUCAAGUAAUUGUGUUGUGUUCAGUUAUAGCCGCAUAAUCAACACUUAUUUAUGAAUGUACUAGACAAAUCUGUCACUAGCUUAGCUUAGGAAAUCAUAAUAACACUGCAUAACAUUGUAAGUUAAUAAAUUUAGAAAAUGUGAAACCAA